AUGGAGUUGAUCACAAAUGUAGAUGAUCCAGUUCUUGAUGAGCUGCAACUAGCAUGUUCUCAUAUCAAAACCCUUCUCCAGAAUUCGACAAACCUUGAAAAAAGCUUGGAAAAAAUGGAUGAAAAUUUUGAUACCAUACAAGAAAGCUUAACAAUGGCAUCAAGAAGAGUUGCACCUUUACAAUCACUAUCCAUUGGGGCUAAAGCUCUCCAAACUAGAAUAAACCGAGCCAUUUCUCCGGCUCUUGCCCUCCUUGAGAGCUUCAAACUCUCCGAGUCCCUCCAGCGUAAGCUUCUUGACAUAGCCUCGAAAUUGAUUAACGAAAAAACCUCCAAAAACAGGCUCAAGAAGUUGAUCGAGUACGUGGCUUGCGUGGAUGAUUUAAACGUGGCCUUGACUUCCAUAAGCCAAGAGAGUGAGCCCGCAAUUCGAAAGCUGCAAGAAGUGGUUGAGUUUUUGAGCAGGACUAAAGCCACUGAUCAGUACAGAACGCUUCGUUUUAGGGAGACUUUGAUUACUCUCAAAGCACUAUAUGAGACAGAGGUCGACUCAAUGAGAUUUGAUGGGCUUCUUGAUGAAGCUUUGUUGAAUUUGCAGGAUGAGUAUGAGAGCUUGUCACAGCAGUUAAGGCAUCAGAACAUAGGGGAUAAUAUGACUGGAAUGGUGCCCGAAAAACUGGGUACUGAGUUGGAGAUCGAAGUUCUUAGACGAAUAUCAGAGACAUUGGCUGCCAAUGAUUGUCUGGAUAUUUGUAUCGAUAUCUUCGUCAAGGCUAGAUAUAGAAGGGCAGCCAAAGCAUUGAUGAGAUUAAGCCCGGAUUACCUGAAAACGUACACUCCGGAAGAAAUCGAUGAAAUGGAAUGGGAAAGUUUAGAGACGGCAAUUGCCCUUUGGAUCCAACACUUUGAACUUGCUGUCAAAGUAGUGUUUGUAUCAGAAAAGGACUUGUGUAACCAUGUACUAGGAAACAUCAUGGAAGGAAUGGUAUGGCCCGAAUGUUUCGUUAAGAUUGCUGAUAAAAUCAUGGCUGUCUUCUUUCGAUUUGGAGAAGGUGUUGCAAGAAGUAACAAAGAACCCCAAAAGUUGUUUAAGCUUUUAGACAUGUUUGAUUCAUUAGAAAAGCUUAAACCUGAGUUUUCGGAGAUUUUUGAAGGCGAAGCAGGAGCUGAUAUUUGUUCUCGAUUUAGAGAACUCAAGAAACUCCUAGUCCAUUCAUCGACUAAGGUCUUUUGGGAGUUCGGGCUUCAAAUCGAAAGCAAUCAAGAUGGUUUGCCUCCACCCCCUGACGGUUCAGUUCCUAAACUUGUUCGAUAUUCUAUCAACUACCUCAAAAACCUCGCAGUGGAUAGUUACACUGCACCAAUGGCACAAGUACUCAGGACUGAUCAAUUAUGGAAAGCUGGCAUACUUUCAACACCCGAGAGUGACGAAAAUUUACUCAAAGAUGCUAUUUCCAAUGUCAUGGAAGCGAUCCAAAGGAACAUCGAAACCAAGAAAUCAUUUUACAAGGACAAAGUACUCCCACAUAUCUUUGCGAUGAACACGUAUUGGUACAUUUACAUGAGGACUCGUAACACAGAACUCGGGAAGCUAUUGGGAGAGCAAUACAUGAAGAAAAGGUAUAGACAAGUUGCCGAGGAAUCCGCUAACUUGUAUCAGAAGCAAGCUUGGGGGACUCUUGGGAGAUUGCUCGACACAGAAGAAAGUAAGAGAGCCAAUAAAGAUGGCAUUGGAGCUCUAAUAAGAGGGAAAAUGGAUGCUUUCAUGGUUGGAUUUGAUGAGAUGUGCCAAAGGCAUAGAAGCACUUACAGCAUUAUUUCUGAUGCAGAUUUGAGAGAACAGAUGAAAGUUGCCUCUGUUGGGCUUGUGCUGCCCGCAUAUACUGAGUUUAUCAGCAAUUAUUCAUCAUUUUUGGAUGUCAAGUCCAAUAUGUCACCUGAAUUACUUGAGGACUUAUUGGGCCAGAUUUUUGAGGGUGUUGAUCAGGUGGCUGAUGGCAAGUCGAAUCUUCACCGACGAAAUUUAAGCCAUCAUAGAGAUAGGAGGAGAUCAAUUGAUCAAACUCGCGAGAGCAAUGACUUUCCACGAUUUGAAUCUUCCAGAUAG